UUAUAUCAUAGCUGUUGCUCUCAUUAUAAUUAUUAUCCUUAGGUGUUUUAGCUUCUCAAGCAUCCAAUUUUGCACUCAACAUGCACUCAACUUCUCACAUUACUCCCCACCACCACCUCCCCCUCCUCCUCUUCUUACUCCUCGGCUCCGCUCUCGUCGGCGAAUGCUUCGGCGAAACUGUGGCUCAGCGAGAACACGAUGCGCUCACCGCGCUGAAGCUAUCGUUCGGCAACCCCCUUCUCAGCGCCAAUUGGAGCGGAUCGCAGUGCUCGACGAACCGUUCGACGUGGUUCGGUAUCGGUUGCACCGACAACCGGGUCACAUCGAUAGCCCUACAAGGGCUCGGUCUCUCCGGUCGGAUCGACGACCCCCUCACUCUCGCGCCUCUCACCGAGCUCGCGCUCCUCAGCCUUCGAAACAAUUUGAUCUCCGGGCCCGUGUUGAACUUUUCCUUCAAUCUCAAGCUCGCAAGCCUUGAUCUCUCCAAGAACUCGCUAACCGGACCGAUCUCCGACUCCUUAUUGCGCCUCGACAAACUGGAGUUGUUGCAGCUAAGCGAUAACAAGUUGAACGGUUCGAUCCCGCCGUUUAACCAAACUAGUUUGAAGGCUUUUAAUGUCUCGAACAACAACUUGACAGGUGAGAUCCCGACGACUACCAUUCUGCAAUCGUUCAAUCAAUCGUCGUAUCUCGGCAAUCCAGGCUUGUGCGGCGAGCCUAUUUCGAUCUCGUGCCAAAGUCUAGAAUCGGCAAAUGACAACAAUGCGAAGAAUCGACUUGGUUUGUCCUCUCUAAACUAUCUCUUCAUUGUUGCGGACUUCGUUCUAUUUCUCGCGCUCUCGUGGAGCCUCUUCGCGCUCUACAGCAAAACGAGAGAAUGUAAGGCGAUUGCAAAUGUGCGUAAGGGCGCGGGAGAAGCAGAUAAGAAUCGAGAUGUCGAGGCGAAUAGUGUCCAAAACAGCAUCCAAGAUAGUGUCCAAGAGAGAGUCCAAAAUAGCAUGCAAAUAAGCAUCCAACGGAGGGUGGAAGCCGCAGAAGAGACGAGGAAGCUGACGUUCAUGAAGGGCGACGGCGGUUUCGACCUCGACAACCUGCUCAAAUCGUCAGCCGAGGGAUUGGGGAAGGGAAGCUUCGGGAGUUGCUACAAGGCCGCGCUCGACGACGGGCGCGUGAUAGUGGUGAAGAGGUUGAGAGAUUUGAGGCCACUUACCAAAGAAGAGUUCAUCCAAAAUGUAUCAUUUCUUGGUGCGCUGGAACAUCCAAACCUCAUGCCAUUGCUUGGAUACUAUUACUCGCCUGAAGAGAAGCUUCUGGUUUACAAUUUUGCGACAAAAGGGAACUUGUUCAACCGAAUCCACAGAGGAAGAGGAACUAAUAGAAUCCCAUUCAAGUGGAGCUCGAGAUUGGCGGUGGCGGUCGGUGUGGCGCGAGCAGUGGAGUACCUCCACCUCAACGCGGCCGCACCGACUGUGAUUCCUCACGGAAACUUGCGGUCCCCGAAUGUUCUCCUCGACGAGGACGACGUGGCGAAGGUUUCCGACUACGGGCUCAUUUUGCUGGUCGCGCCUUCGCUCGCUGCCCAGCGGAUGGCCGCCUACAGGACGCCCGAAUACGACCAGCAACGCAAGGUGUCCAAGAUGUCCGACGUGUGGAGCUACGGCUGCCUCCUCCUCGAGUUGCUAACAGGGCGAUCGCCGGGUCCGAAGGGGGUAGAGUUGCACCACUGGGUCCAUCGGGCGGUUCGGGAGGAGUGGACCGGCGAGGUGCUCGACCGGGAGAUAGCAACCCAGAGAGAGGCCGUGAAGGGGAUGUUCGAUCUGCUCAAGCUCGCGCUCUCGUGCUGCGAGGCGUCGCCAGAGAAGAGGCCACAAAUGGGGGAGGUGGUGACAGCGGUGGAGACGAUUAAGAACAGCAUGGAGGAAAAUGAUUCUACCGACAGAUCAUCGUCGAUGGAUGAAUCUGGAUCGAGUAACGGAUCCAGCAGAACGAUCAGAUAUAUAAGAUAGUGGAAUCUGGAUCGAGUAGCUUGUGGUUGAUUUGUUAAAACCCUUGUUUUGUUUUGGUAACACAAUGUAUCAGUUUGAUUCAAAAUAAGUUUGUGAGUGUUCCUAUAUUUAUGUAAUAAUAAAG